ACACAUACUUAGAUUGAUAUGUAAAUUAUAAAAUUUAAAAUCUUUCAUGUAAACCUUUCAUAAUUUAUAAAAAAUUAACAAAUGAAAUGAAAAUUGAAAUAUUGUUCUUGUUAUUCGUAAUACUGGGUGAUUUAAGAAUAAUAAAUGUUUAUUAAAGGUAUAAUCAAAUAAUGAAUUAUUUAAAUAAUUUGAUAGGCACUGCAGUGGCUGGUGAUUCUAGUUUACAAUUGAAUAAUGUUGAGAUAUUAUAUACUAAAGUACAAAGAGUUUAUAUGAAACCACAACAUAAUGAAGAGCGUCAACGAGAAUUAAGAGUUAAUGUAGAAAUUCAUGCAGGUAUUAGUCCUGUAUGUCGGAAGAGUUUAUGCGUUUUGUUAGCAGAUGAUGAUGAUCCUUGUUUUCUUUAUUCUUUAUUUAUCACAGAAGAUGAUUUUAAAAUUUUAAAGUCUCAACAAGGACUAUUAGUAGAUUUUGAUAAUUUUGCAACUCAAUUAAUAUAUUUAUUAGAACAAUGUAUACCUUCCACAAAUGUAUCAAAAACACCACCAAAAUUUUUAUUGCUAUUAGCAGAAGAAAGUGGAGAAUGGAUUUUCAAAUUAGUUGAAACAAAUAAUUUCAAACAUUUAUGUCAUUUAAGCUUAAAUAUAUCACCUGCAAGUGAUUCAGAUUUAAAAACACAUAUGGCUAUGAAAAUUAAACAAUUGAAAGAAAAUAUUUUACAACAAAACAGAGAUACACUUACACUUGAAACAAGACUGAAUGACUUGUCAAAUAAAGUAGAAACAAAAACAAAAGAAUUGGAACAAUUGGAACAAAAAUAUAUGGCAGAAAAGAAUCAAAUCCAAAUAUUUUCAUCAGAGCAAAUAAGCCUUGAAAAAGAUAGAUUUGCUAAAGCACAACUAGAAUGGCAAUGUCAAAAUGAAAAAGAAAAAUUAGAAGUGGAACGUAAACAUACAGAAAUUAUAAAACAACUUCAUACUGAACUUGCAGAAUUACGUACACAAAAUGUAACAUACAAAGAUAAAUUAUCUCUUCUUGAAGCAACUAAUAUAGAACAAUUUAAACAGUUGCAAACUCUUGAGAAAGAACUUAAUGUUACUCAAAGAGAUUUAAAUUUAUUAAAAAAACAAAAUUCUAAAUUGGAUACAGAUUAUCAUGAAAAAGAUAAAUCAGUAAAUAGUUUAAAAACAAAAGUUGCUGUACUUGAACAAGAAUUAAAAGAUAAAAGUAUACUUAUUAAUAAACAUACAGAAAUGUUAAAAACUGCCAAAGAACAGAAACAAUAUCUUGAAGAUCUUUUAACUGAGAAAGAAGGUCAGUUACAACGUAAACAAAAUUCUUUACGAAAUUUAAGUGAUGAAUUAGUCAAAGCUAAUGAAAUACUAACAAAAUUACAAAAUGAACUUGCUUCAACAAAAUCUAAAUUAAAAUUACGAACUAGUAUAGCACUUGAACAAGAAAGAUUAUUAGACACUAAACAAAAAGAAGUUGGCCAGUUAGAAAAUAAAAUGGAAAAUUUAAUAAAAGAAAUAGAAGAUGCAAAAACAGAGAUUGAAAAUUUAAAAGAACAAGUCAAAACUCAACAAACACAAUUAGAAGAAAAAGAAAAAAUAAUAAAAAAUAAUGAUAAUGUGAUAAGUUGGCUAAAUCGACGAUUAGCAGAUAGUCAAUCUCCAUUACAAAAUGUUACUGUAGCAGCACCAAUUACGAUACCAUCUUCCAUUCAAUUAACAUUACCUAGAACAAAUAAGUUAAUUAGCAAUAAAUAUGAAACACGUACACCUGCAUCCAAUACAAUACAAACAAAUACAUUAUCCGGAGUGCCACUAAGAAAUCCUAUUGUACAAAAUCCAAAUAUUAAUCAAACUUUACGUAUAGCAGCACGGUCAAUGAGUGUUGGUAUUACUGAUAAUACCACAGGUAUAUCAACAUUUAAUAAAAGUGGUCAAAUCUCGAGUACUAGUACACCUAUGGAACGUAUUAAUUCUUUAAAUAAAAUAUCUGGAAGUGCUGCAGCUUCUUCAAUGCCAGUUAUUAUAGAAAAUAAUAAUUUAUCUGUACCAUCAAAUGGUACAAAGACAAAAAGUACAAGUGUUAUUCAACAAAGUGGAUUAAGAAGAGCAGGUUUGUCUGAUAAGCCAAUUUUGCCAUCUGCAUAUUUUCCUAAAACCUUACAUUGAUUAAAUAUAUGUACAAUUAAGAUUUUUAGUAAAAUAAUAACAUAUACAUAUCAAAAUUGUAAUAUUAUCUUAUAAAAAUAUC